AUGAUCAACCAACCUCGUUCGCGUUCAUGUCUAGACUGUCCAAUAGUACUUGAAAGGGGUGCCACGGAUGUGUCUGUGUCCUCGCUACGAUGCGGGCCCGUUGCCGACGCUCUCACGAAGCAGGAUCAUUAUGUUUCACGGCGAUUGACGCAAGUCCGCCGAUUGAUACCGACCGCUAAUGCAAGAACCUACGUGUCUUCCCUCGAAAACAGUAAGGCAGAGGGCGUCUCGAUCCAGUCUGGACGCACCGGCGCGUGCAUGUUCCAAGUCUGCGGGUACCUGAGUGGGAUGAGCUCGGCAAGCGCAAAGGCAUCUCGACCUGGAGAAGCUGCAGGAGGGCUCCGAGUGGAGCGUGGAGCUACGUCAUUGGAUAAGAACGGGUGA